GGAUGCAUUGUAUUUCAAAAAACACGUUUAUAAAAAUUCAAUCAGGCAUGUAUAAACUUAAAGAUUAAAGCUUGUUUUGAGCUGAAUUUGGUAGUAAUAGUAGCAUACCGCAUUUAAUGAAAAUGGGACAACGUCAUAGUAAAUUGGCUCCGAAAACUUUAGCCGAGCUGAGAGAUCAGACGAACUUCACUGUGGAGGAACUUAAUGAGUGGUAUAAAGAAUUCAGAAGUAGCUGGCCGAAAGGAGCCCUGACAGUGGACGAGUUUAAGAAGGCCUACUCCACUUUCUUCCCGCUAGGGGACGCCUCGGAGUUCGCCAAACACGUGUUCCGGGUUUUUGAUCAGAAUGAUGAUGGUUUGCUGGACUUCCGGGAAUUCGUCUGCGGGUUUAGUGUCGUCCUGAGAGGAAGUGUUGACGACAAACUGUCCUUCAGUUUCCAAAUCUACGACAUUAACGGCAACGGAUUUAUCACCAGAGACGAAAUGAAGGAGGUGCUUUCUGCGAUGUACAAGGUGGAAUGCGCGCUGUCAGCUGACCCCACGAGAGACGACCCGGAAGAGAGAACCGACGCCAUCUUUAAUCAGAUGGACAUUAAUUGUGAUGACAACUUGUCCCUGGAAGAAUUCGUACAGGGGAUCAAAAAGGACCCCCACAUCCUUAAAAUACUGGAAAUCCAGUGACACGAGAUGAAAACGGCUAAUUGUUUGCUUUGUGAACUUUAAUGCCAAUUAAUAAACUGAUUUAGGACACUAAAGAGUGUAAAGAGCUCGUGUUCAAUGUAUUGAAAUGUCUCGAUAUAUACAUAUUUAUGUGUAACUGGCUGGUUGUACAUGCAUCAAUCAAUUAUUUAUUCCAUUGCAUUUAAAACUGUUUUCGAAUAAUACUAAUCAAUACAUGUACAUUUAAAUAUCUACACAUCUUUUAGUUAAUUGAUACG